AUGCCUCCAAAAAAGAGACGUGCGACUACGUCAACCAGAACGACAAAGCAGUCGAAAGCCAGAAAAAUGCCUGAUUCGUCGUCUCGGCCCAGUACAAGAGCUACGAGACCGGUAAAGAAAAAACAGCCCCCCAGGCCCAUUCCUGCAGCUUGUGCAACCACGCCACCGCAGCCCCUUGACGAGAGGGAAGGCUCUGUUAUCAACCCACAGCCGGGAGCGAGUGUGGUGGGUGCAUCAGUGGUAACGUUUUCGGACUUUAGCGCCGCAGGCAGAUCCGAUGCCUACCCCGCUUCCCCCAGAAAUUUGGCAAGUUUAAGCCAGGAGGCCAACAGAUUAUUCCAGGCAUCGGUAGCUCCCAAAACCAGGCAGACCUAUAAUACAGCUUACGAAAUCUUCAAUCAGUUCAGGUAUCACCUUCAACUACCAGUAAUUUGGCCAGCCCCUUUAGAACAUAUUGUGCAAUUCUUGGCAUACUUGUCUCUCAAAGGCCGAUCCCCAUCUAGUUUGAGAACUUACAUAUCAGGCUUAUCACACAUUUUUAAAAUUCAGGGCAUGGCAGACAAUACUAAAUCUUUUAUGGUCGCUAAGAUUUUGGAAGGAGCAAACCGACUGGCAGGGAAGCGGGAUAUUCGAGCUCCAAUCACGUACAGAAUUCUCCUUAAGAUCAUCACGGCACUAGUCAACGUCUGUUCAUCUAGUUAUGAAACGCUCCUAUUUCAGGCGACCUUUAGUCUAGCAUUUUUUGGAUUCAUGCGAGUAGGUGAAUUAACCAUGCAAUCGCUUAAGAGUACUAGCCCAAGUCCUUUGCAGCGUAGGAAUAUCGAAUUAGUCACACUAAAUGGCCAGCCCAAAGUUAAGCUCACCAUCCGGCAAUCCAAAACCGACCAGCUGGGCAAAUCAUGUACUUUAUUUAUCUCAAAGACAGGUGAUGUGGCUUGCCCGGUGGCGGCUAUUAGCAAAUACUUAGCAAUAAGGAACCCCGCAUUACCACUAAAUAGUCCAUUCCUAAUACAUUUUGACGGUAAUCCCCUCACGCGUUAUCAGUUUGCUGCAUUGGUGGCUAAAGCGCUGAGUUUUUGUGAAAUUAGCACUGCAUGUUUCAAAUCACAUUCUUUUCGGAUUGGGGCUGCCACUGAGGCUGCCAUGAGGGGCAUUUAA